AUGGGGGCUUCGUCCGUGGCAGUGAUCGGGUGCAAGCCUUCAAGUUGGGGCAACCAGCACCUAAGCACGGCGUCGGAUGUCAACCCCGACCACGCCGCCGGACAAAGGGUGGCCGAGCCUGCUUGCGCUGCUGAAGACGCAGCGCCGCAGACCACAGAUCAGCCUGCGGCGGCAGCUGCUGCUUCAGGCAUCGAGGGAGAGUCUGCCCCGGCGAGUGCCGCGGCGAGCACUCCGCCGAGGGAUGGGGAGGCAGGAAGGACCGCUCCCCCGAGUAGCGUCGCGGAAGGGGAAGACAGAGCACCAACCCCUCCCCCUGCCGAAGAGAGGAGGGUCCCAACGCCACCCCGGGCAGGGGCCUCUUCGUCCGCAGGCGCCCCGGGGCUGGCCCAGGGGCCGGUGAUACCUUCGACCACGACUGGUGGCGGUACAGCGAACGAGGAAGCCCGGGCAUCCUCCGACGACGAGGUGGAGGAAAUUGAAGUGCUCAAGGUGAACGCCAAGAAGCACCUGGACGAGCUAGUCAGGGACCGGGAUUCCUGGAAGUUGUCGGAGUGA